AUGGCUUCCAUCACAUUCUGGUGAAGGAAGAAGAUCGGUCAAAGACGGCCUUCGUGUUGUUUGAAGGCACGUGUCAGUGGGUUCGGUGUCCAAUGGGGAUUUGCAACGCGCCUGCCACGUUUCAGCGAACGAUGAACAUGACAUUCCAGAACUUCGUCAACAAGAUGUGGCUAACACAAGGAAUGAUCAACUUCUGCGUGAUCGUGUACAUGGACGAUAUCCUUGUCUACUCAGAGACCUAUCACGGGCACGCGCAACACAUCGAGUGGACAUUGGGAGCGUUGAGAGACGCUGGGUUCAAGAUCGCGCUCGAAAAGAGCGAAUUUUUCCUUUCGGAAAUUUCGUUCUUGGGCUACGUCGUGACACGUGGAGGGCUGGGGCCGGACUCAAGAAAGGUUGCGGCGGUAAGAGAAGCCCCAGUUCCCACGUCGCUGACGCAAGUUCGAGCCUUCUUGGGGUUGGCAUCGUACUAUCGUCGCUUCAUCAAGGGCUUCGCCGCGAUCGCACGACCACUGACGAACCUGCUAUGGAAGGACCAGCCUCUCAGCUGGGACGCGGAGUGCCAACAGGCUUUCGUAACCCUCAAGGACGCUCUGGCGACGACCCCUAUUUUGAUUCGGCCGGACCCCUCGAAGCAGUUCAUUCUUAUCACAGACUUGCAAUCGGAAGCCAUCACCGCUAUUCUAGCGCAGAAGGGGAACGAUGGUCGCAAACACGUCAUCGAGUACGCAUCGCGUACAGUACCGGACGAGCGAAGGAAUGACUCAGCACCUCAAGGCGAAUGCUAUGCAGUAGUCUGGGGAAUCCAACACUUCCAUCCGUAUCUCUACGGACAGAAGUUUCGCCUCGUAACAGAUCACGAACCUUUGCUGGCGUUGAAGAAACUCACUAAUUACACGGGCAUGAUUGGCCGUUGGGCGGUGCGACUACAAGAAUACGACUUCAACAUCGUUCAUCGAAAGACAGAGCGACACGACAACGCGGAUGGACUGACAUGUCUGCAUCGACCUGCCAAAGUACCGAAGGGCGAGGAAAUUACACCGUGGAAAGAGCCGGACUUGACCAACGAGCCUAAAGUUCCGGUUCACGACCGACCCCAGGUGGUGGUGCUGGCCGAAGCAACGGCGUUCCAACGGCGAGCGGCCCCGGGUGUUAGCCACGUGUCUACCGUGGUAGUUCUUAGCGGCGACAUCACCGCCUUCGAUCCGGCGCGGCAAGCCGCCAUCAAGAGCACCUGGUACAAGUGGGGUCGUGAUCUGGCCACUAAUUGGGAUCGACGGCUCACAAGGCACGGUGACGAGUGCUAUCCUGUCGACGGCAUCGAGACAUGGGAAGGCGAUAGGAGGCCCGCGUCAGAAACCGUGGAGUUGCUCAUCAUUCAAGCGUGGAGGACUAACGUCGCGGGAGAUCUUUCGGGAUUCGUCUUUGGAGCGGUCGAUCGGGGAUACCGAUCACAGAUCGUGCGCGAACUUACAAUCGUGAUCGCGCGAUUGGCCGACGAGCUCCCCCUCGAUAUUAUCUCUCAGAGCGACGAAGAGCCCGUGCCGCACGUCCUCUCAAGGACUCUCGCCCCGAGCCUCCAGUGGUCGGCUUGUAUCGAGGAGCGUUGGGCGGACGGUGGUUUUCCAUCCCGCAACGAGUACCUGGACGUCCACAGCCUAACUAACCCCCGCUUCUUUCGGCAACCAACGGCGUUCGAGUGGGCCGUGCUGAGAGAGGAAGAAGAAGCAGAAGAAGAAUCGGAAGCAGAGCUAAGAAGAGAGGCCAGGGAAGCAACGGCCCGGUUGGCCGAGGACGAGGAAGAAGAACGCGAAGUGGAGGACGAAGAAGAAGUAGAGGAGGAGACUUCGGAAGAGGAGGAGGAAGCCUAUAGCGAACACAGUGAGGGGGAGCGAAGCGAAGAGGAGAAGGACGAAGGUGACGACGAAGGAGUGGAAAGCGGAGAAGACGAUCACGAGCUAACGCACGACGACGAGCUCAAGUGGAGCCCAGAACCGGAUCAUCGAGAGGAGAACCCUGAGGCCGCCGCGCAGCGGAAGAAGGAGGUCACGGAAGGAAAGCGGCCAGUGAUCGACUCCGCACCGAACGAUCCGUCCAAGGAUCCCGAGCCGCCCAAGUCAAAACAUGGGGACCUUGCUGCCACGACCUCGGGCGCCACGACGACAAGGCGUCGAUCCCGCUCCGAAUCCCGAUCCUCAUCCCCCUCUGCCUCCGCCCGUCCCCCAAUUUGUCAACGUGUCAAUGAGGGGCUUCGCCCUUCGUCCCUGAUCCAUAUACCACUGUCCCCUUAGACACCUCUCUUUCAAUCAGUAUCUCCAUCGCGUCGUCUUCCCCCGUAAUCCCUUCCCCAUCGCCACCUUCUGACAUUUCUACUCCGCCUGCCUAGAGC